AUGUCCACCCAACCUCCUGCCACCAGAUUUCACACUCGAGCUCCUGACAGUCAUGGAGAAAAAGUUACUAGUGUUGCUGAGGUGCUUGCAAAUGUACAUCUCGACUAUGCUGAUAUGAAAACAAAAGAAAAAUUGGCGACUACAAAAGAUAAUGUCCGUAUCAUCAGAGACAAUGUUGCAAACUUGGGCCAGGGUAUGGGCAAUACGAAAGAGGAUCUUCAUAGCAUCAAGGAUACUUUGGGUGCAAUCAAGGGCUCCGUUGACAGAAUUCAUGUCCUGUGCUUGAGGAGCAUAACCAAUGAGCUUACAACUAUGAACAAGAUGCACACCAUGGAAAUGUUCAUGAUGAAGCUUAAUGCAAAUUUUUGGCUAAAUUAUGGCCUUUCUGAUGUCCCUGUGACGCCUGUACGGUCUUCCAUUGAGUUGGUUCAUUACCCUUCUAGCUUUUGUCACGUAGAAGAGUUUGACAUGGACACGGUCCAUGACCAGCUGGCUGCUGUGUCUUCUUCUGCACCAGAUAGUCACCACAACAGACAUGGUGGACCUGGACAUCUAUCAUUACAAUUGACAUUUUGA